GAUUGAGAGUGAAAGAAUAGUCGAGAUGCGGGAAGAUUGGAUGGCGACGUCACUUGACAUCUAAUCACAUGAUAUCGAGCUCUGAAAGUCCAUUCCCAACUUAGUCUAGCCUUAUGGAAACCUGCUUCGGUACCGAGUCUUCUCUCCUUUCCCUAUACUUCACGUCUCUGUUACUCAUAAUCUCUUCCAUGUUGUCUACAAAGGGGGUAGAACCAAUUUCAAAGUCUUGAACAAUACUCCGCACCUGCUACUUCCUGUCAUAGAUAUAACGGUAAUCUUCACCGUAGAUAGAAGGUAUAUCCCCACCCUCAUCUCCGCCCCCGGAUCGAUAGUACCGAUGCUUCCUAUCCCGCACUAAACCAAUCAACAUAUGCAGUCGCCAUCAACCCUUUCCAUCUCCACCUUAUAUUAAUUUGCUGAUUCUUCCAAUCAUACACACUGCUCAGCUUCCCCAGCUCUAUUUCAAUCGGGCCUCAAUUUAUCUUCAACACAUACGCGUGGGGAUGAUUGUGGCGACAAUGUGCUGUUGAAAUUGGGGGGAUUGCGGGGUGGUGAUUGGUUUGUGGGGUUUGUGGGGCUUAAAACAAUAUAACUCAAGAUUUUUGAUGAUGUUAGGGUUCUUGUGGGGAUCAAGGUGCCGAAAUUGAUAGGGAUGGGGAACCAAAUCCAGUGUCGCAACAACAUCCACUCAGAAUUUCUAAAUCCUCUUUAGUUAGGUAUGGAGAGAGAGAAACUAGAACUGAAUAUGGUUAGACCAUAACCAGUUCGCUGAGGUUAUACAGUAGCAAGACUCAGACCACAUGCGGGUACUCAAUUAGGUCACAAUAUCUUGAUCAAGAGAACUCAAGAGUAUAAGAACUGAGAAUGACUCAAGUGUUUCAUCCUCAUCUCAUCUUUCUCUUCAUCUUAUUAACCACACACGGCCCAAAGUACUCGGUGGAGAUCAACAUGCGUUCUUUAAAUCUUGCUACCGCGAUUGCUUCACUUCCGGCUUUGACGCAAGCUUUUACGCUGACCGAUAUCUGCACAUCAACUUAUCUCGCAGCCAACUUUCCAGCUGUCGAUUUCUAUGAUGGGAUAACUCUUGAUCCAACAUCCAUUACAGCCAAAACGGUGACAAAUGCCACAGCAUCGAGCGUCUUUUAUCCAAAUGCUGUGAUCGAUUACUGUGCUGUUACUUUCAAGUACUCUCAUAACGGUCUAGAUGACAGUGUGCUCUUGACAUACUGGGUUCCUGCGCCGGCAAAUUUCCAGAAUCGUUACCUUUCUACAGGUGGUGGUGGAUAUGCCAUCAACUCGGGAGCUCAAUCAUUGCCUGGGGGAGUUCAAUAUGGCGCAGUUGCCGGUGAUACUGAUGGUGGUUUUGGAAUUUUCCAGAACAAUGUCAUUUCAGAUUUUCUCCUCGCGAAUGGGACACUUAAUUGGCAAAAUGUCUAUAUGUUUGGAUACAAUGCUAUUCAUGAAAUGAGUGUCAUUGGAAAGGAAUUUACUACAUCUGUUUUCAAUAUGACAGCUAACAACGCUACGUUAUAUUCUUACUACCAAGGUUGUUCGGAGGGUGGUAGAGAAGGGUGGAGUCAAGUUCAAAGAUUUGCGGAUCAAUUUGAUGGAGCAACAAUUGGUGCACCGGCUUUCAGAUUUGCAUUUCAGCAGGUUCAACAUCUUUAUUCAAACGUUGUGGAGAAAACUCUGGAUUAUUAUCCACCGCCUUGUGAAUUGCAAAAGAUUGUGAACGAGACGAUUAUUGCUUGCGAUCCAUAUGAUGGUAAGACAGAUGGAGUCGUCUCAAGAACAGAUCUUUGCACAUUAAACUUCAAUAUCUCAACACUUUUAGGUGCACCAUACUCUUGCCCAGCAUCUGCAGGAAGUCCGUUUUCCUCUCCUACACCUGCACAAAAUGGUUCGAUCUCGGCCAAGGGUUUGGCCGUUGCCCAGAAAAUCCUUGACGGUCUUCACACCACUGACGGCAAGCGUGCUUAUUUCUCAUACACUCCAUCUUCUACUUUUACAGACGCAGCCACAGCAUAUAACGCCACCACGGGUGAAUAUGGUCUUAGUAUUACCUCUCUUGGUGGUUCAUUCGUUGAAGUUCUUCUGGAUCUCAAAAAUGGUUCAAACCUGCAAUCUCUCGAGGGAGUAACAUACGAUACUCUCCGCGACUGGAUUCAAGACGGUUGGAACCGCUAUAAUGAUGUUCUCAUGACCAACUGGCCAGAUCUCACCCCGUACAAAAAUGCUGGCGGAAAAAUCAUUCAUUUCCAUGGUGAAUCUGAUUACAGUAUUCCGACCGCGUCAUCCGUUCGCUACUACGAAUCCGUGAGAGAAAUUAUGAACCCAGGUCUUUCGUAUAAUGAUUCUGUCGCUGCAACUAAUGAAUUCUAUCGAUUAUUCCUUGUGCCGGGUGGUUCGCAUUGUGCGGUCAAUACAGCGGAACCUAAUGGACCAUGGCCUCAAACGAACUUGCAGGUACUCAUUGAUUGGGUAGAGAAUGGAGUGGCACCUGACACUUUGAAUGCAACAGUUUUGCAGGGGGCGAAUAAGGGUACGAAUCAACAGAUUUGUGGAUGGCCUCUGAGGCCGUUCUGGACGAAUAACGGAACGACGAUGGAGUGCCAGUAUGACCAGGAAAGUAUUGAUUCUUGGAUUUAUGAUUUGGAUGCUUUUGACAUGCCGGUUUAUUAAGGUUGGUUGAAACGUGUGAUGAAAAAGUUUGGGGUAUUGGUUGAUUAGUAUUGAUUGUUAUGAUUGAGGAAUGAAGAAUAUUGAAUGGUUUUGAAAUGUUGUAAUAUAUUACUGUGUUUACUGUACAUGUCAGAUAUAUCAGGCCAAAUGAUUUAUAUACAUGCA